UUGAGGAUCAAAGUUCUCGAGGAAUCGGACGUAACUUAUUGUAGGGCCUACGGGCUACACUGUCUACAGAAGAUAAGAUUUUCGGGACGCGAAAAACAGAUACCAGAGUUUAUUUGCUGACUUCUUUUACACGUGUUGUGAAAUGCUGUUGGAUUCAUUGGUCGGGUUGUGAAAUCGCAUGAAGAUAAUUUUGAUAUUUUAUGACUCGUGUAUAUUUUAAAAAGCAUAACUAAUAUGUGAAAAUGACUAUGUGAAAUUCUGAAUUCAAUCUUCUUAGAUCCCUACUUUCAUCGUUCAUGGAUGUUGGCAUUACAGUGUGGUAAUUCGAAUUUCCUCCAAACAUCAGACACAUUUCAAUAUUAACUGAUUAAGAAGGAUUGUCAAUUAUUUCGAUCUGAUGCCACUGUGGAUUUUUGAUGUUUUAUCUGUUUCUAUUUAAUUUUGUUGAGUGAUAUCUUAAAGAUAGAAUUGUAAAACAUAAUCAAGGACAUCUUGAGGAAUAACUAGAAGGAUGUCUAAGUCCCACAAUGAAAUAACAUACAAACUUGUGGUGGUGGGAGAUGGAGGUGUUGGGAAGUCAGCCCUGACAAUCCAGUUUUUCCAGAAACUUUUCGUGGAAGAUUACGAUCCAACAAUUGAAGACUCCUAUAUUCAGCACACAAACAUUGAUGGCAAACCCUGUGUACUUGAUGUGUUGGACACUGCGGGUCAGGAGGAAUUCAGUGCGAUGAGGGAGCAGUAUAUGAGAAAGGGGGACGGAUUCUUGCUGGUGUACUCUGUUACGGAUGCUCACAGCUUUCAUAACAUCCAAAAUUUCCACACACAGAUCCUCCGCGUCAAGGACAGGGACACCUAUCCCAUGAUUCUGGUGGCCAACAAAGUGGACCUCGUACAACAACGGAAGGUCACAGAGGAAGACGGAAAGAAUCUGGCUACAAGGCUAAAUAUACCAUACAUAGAAACAAGUGCCAAGGAUCCACCCAUUAAUGUAGACCUGGCCUUCCAUGAAGUUGUCAGGGUUAUAAGGCAAAUGCCAUUUGACCCCAAACAACAUCGACGGAGAAAAGCUCGGAAGUCAAAGUGCACCAUUCUGUGAUGUCAUCCUCAUUGGAAAGACAUAACCACACUUCAUCGCAGUAUCAUCAGGAUCAUCGGGGGACCACAGGACUCCUGUAGUCAGCUCUAUAGCCAUCGUAUCAUCACAAUCCAAUACGGUAUCAUCGGGAGGGGGCGACAACUGGACUCCCGGAGCCAUCUUCAUAGAGGGAGGAGGUGGAGGUCCCUCUCUCUGUUCUUCAGUAGAUUACUGCUUAGAUUCCUUCUCCUCUGUUGGACCCCUGACAAACAAGGCACUUGUGCAGUUGAUGGACAAGAAUGAGCCUUUUACUACACUGGAUUGCAUCUCUAGUCAUCGUCAUACUUUUACUUUGUAGUUGAAUUUUUGUUGUGAACAGCUCAUAUAUAUUUGGCAUUGUUUGACUUGUAUGAAAAUCACCAUUGUUUUGUUUCAUAGAACUUUACCGUUGUUAUUUAGUGAUGCUUUGAAGACUGGUUGUCCUUAUUUUGUUGAUGUAAAGGAAAACCUUACAAGUUUCAGAUAAACACUGUCAUUUGUACAUUCCUUGUCGCUGAGUCCAUUCCUUGAUGUAUUAUCCCCAGACUGUUUUUGGUAGGUUUAAAGAAAGGUUUGAAUAUUUUAAUUCUUGUCCUUUGUUUCUAAGUAAAAUUAUAUUUUUUCAGAUAUUGUGGAUAUAUCAUGAGAGAGUAUUCCAGACUUCUUGUUAUCUUGUCAAAAAAAUCAAGUCCAUUUAAUUUAGAUAAAAAAGAAUCAACUCCAUGCUCUGAAAUUUACAACUAGGUAAAUUUAAUAUUCAUGGAAGAUAUGAAUUAUUGCACUUAUUCUAUAGCCAUUAAGCAACUGUGUCAAACUUGAUAUUAAAAAGAAAAAGGUGAUUGAUGGGAUUCAGAGUUUUAAGUGGGGGAUCCAGGAGGGACUAUGGAGUGGACUUUGCUGAAAGUGGUAUGUUUCUUCAACAAGUAUUGCUAUUAAAUGGCAUUGGAAUUGUGUUUUUUUUUCUUCAAUAUUUUAGAUUUGUAGGAACAUUUUAUUAACCCAGAUCUUUUGAAAAUUUUUGUUUGAUAGAGAUGCUCAAAUAUACUGCCAUAGUUAUUUUAAUUUGCCUGCUCAAUACUUGUCACUUGUAUUUACAUAUUAAUUGACAAGUUCUCAAUGAACAAGUGUAAUACAUCAAAUGCUGUUAAAUCUGAACAAAAACAUCUUUACAUUCCAUUUGUUAAAAAAUCACUACUAAAGUUUAGGUUUAUACAUUCCAUGAUAUACAAACAUUUUGUAGGUAAAUGCUGGUUAUCUUUUUUAGUGAGAAAAUUACUGGUAUUAUGUUUGUUUAUAGUGUUAUAUAUUAAUUCCAAGGUUGUAAAACGUAUUAAUAAUUGUUGGCCUAUUUUUAUUGUUUGUAAUUUGUUUUGUUGUUUGUUUCCAGUCCAGAAAGCCCUGUGAUUUUGUUUUAUUAAUUUUAAGAUAGUCAAAUGUUUACAAAAACUGCUCUGAAAAUUAAUAUUUUCCCCCACCAUGAAGAAAAGAAAAUGAAACCAUGCUAUAAAAGAUUUUUAUUUAUUAUUUAUGCUAAUUAUGUAUGGCAACAAAACCAUUAUUAGUGUAACAUACUUUUGUGUGUAUGUGUGUGUGUGUUUAAUUUAUAUUUAUUUGUAAAACUUUGACUGUAAGUAUAUUUUUUUUAAUAUGUCAAUGAGACUUUUUAAAUAUCUUUUUUAAUAUUUUUCAGGU